AUGCCUCUCGUUAGGAAUCCUAUCAUUCCUGGGUUUAACCCAGACCCCUCUAUUGUGCGUGUUGGAAACGACUACUACAUUGCCACCUCUACAUUUGAGUGGUAUCCUGGGGUCCAAAUUCACCGCUCCAAAGACCUCGCCAACUGGACCCUGGCGGCGAGGCCUUUGAACCGCAAGGCUUUGCUUGAUUUGCGCGGCGUGGGUGAUAGCGCUGGUGUUUGGGCCCCAUGUCUUACACACGAUGGAACCCGGUUCUGGCUCGUGUAUACCGACACUAGAGAGCAAAAUGGAGCAUUCGUCGACUGCCAUAACUACAUCACUAGCGCCAGCACCGUAGAUGGGCCAUGGGCAGACCCGGUCUAUGCCAACUCUUCCGGUUUCGAUCCCUCGCUAUUCCACGACGACGACGGGCGUAAGUGGUUUGUCAACAUGGUCUGGGACCAUCGUAGCCGUCCGAAUCUAUUCGCUGGGAUCUGUCUCCAGGAAUUUGAUCCUGUGGCUGGACGGCUGGUGGGACCCCGAAAGAAUGUUUACAAAGGGACAAAGUUAGGCUGCAUCGAGGGGCCUCAUCUCUAUAAACGCAACGGAUGGUAUUAUCUCUUAGUCGCAGAAGGAGGCACGGGUUGGUUUCAUGCGUGCACUCAGGCUCGGUCUCGGGACAUAUGGGGUCCGUAUGAGACGCACCCCCAGGAGCAGAUUCUCACAUCGAAAGAUUCUGCAUUUACUGCUCUGCAGAAAAGCGGCCAUGGAGAUAUUGUUGACACGCCCGACGGAAAAACCUACAUUGUCCAUCUGACUUCCAGGCCCAUUGGCCACGACCGCCGCUGCGUGCUGGGCCGGGAGACGGGCAUUCAGGAAGCGUACUGGGGCGACGACGACUGGUUGUAUGUCAAGGACGGCCCACGCCCGAGUCUGUACGUGAACCUGCCCGCUGAUCGUGACGAAGAUCUCUAUUGGGCCACAAAAAGAUAUACAUUUGAAAACGGACUUCACCCAGACUUUCAGUGGCUGCGGACACCGGAGCCUGAACGAAUCUACCAUGCAGGCCAAGGCAAACUUGUCCUAACUGGACGCGAAUCUAUCGGCUCAAAGUUUGAACAGGCUCUUGUCGCACGGCGGCAAACCCAUUUUUCUUACGAUGCCGAAACCGUCGUUGAUUUCUCGCCUGAGGAUGAGCGGCAGUACGCCGGACUAACAGCCUACUAUUCGGCGUCUAAUUACUUCUACCUUGCGGUGACGGCGCACUCAGACGGCCAGAGGGAGCUCAUACUUAUGACUCUGGAGAAGAAGAACAAUAGAGGUUGGCUGGACAGCCCCAUGAUCGCGCCAGUGCCAAUACCGAACGAAGGCAAGAUGAGGCUAGCCCUUACCGUCCGCGGCAGUGCUUUGCAUUUUUUCUACGCGGUUGGGGACGGGGAGUUAGUUGGAAUUGGCCCGACGUACGAUGCCACCAUACUCUCGGACGAGAGUGUGAUAGACCGAGGAUUUAGUGCCUUUACAGGGGCCUUUGUGGGAAUGGCGUGUUCUGAUUUGAACGGUUUGGCUCGGGAAGCAGCGUUCGACUAUUUUCUGUAUCGACCUGUUAGUGACCCGUCAGAUCGCUACGAUGUUUGA